AUGAAUGGACAAAAUAAUCCAGAGUUAGUUCAAUGCAUGACAUGGAUAUUACAUGAAUUUACUAAAGAUGAUUUAAAGUCUUGCUUAAAUAUUUUGAAGCGUAAAUCUUCUGAUAAUAAGACUGAGUUACAAACAACUUUAUUAGAUCUUUUGUUAACUUCUCAAAAUGAAAAUGGAAAUGUUACAAAUGUUAUAUUUAAUCAAGCUGCUACAGAGGGGUACAGUUUCAAUGUAAAAGAUUCAUAUAAUAAUCUUUAUAAACAAGAUUAUCUUCCAAUUGUGUGUAAUUUUCCAGAAGAUUACAAUAGUAUUAAUAAAAAUAAAAUAUAUUUUCACAAAGAUAUUAAAAGAAUAACAGAAUGGAAAAUAGUUGGACCUCGUAACAGAAAACAACCUACUGUUUUUAAAUUAUUUCUUCCACAUUACUUUUGUAAUUCACUUUCUCGCCAGAUACCAUAUAAUUAUUCUUCUUCAAAUUUAUUAUUAAAAUGCACACAAAUUUUCAACAACAAUCAAAUUAUUCAACUAGAUUCAUAUUAUCCUCCUAAAUUGCAAAUAUUUAUAAAUGGACGAGAGUUUACUGGACUUUUACCUCGUGAAGUAUAUCGUAAUAAUAGUAAAAACUCAAUUUUUUUACCUGCUCCAGCUAUAUUAAAUAAUGCAAUACUAAAGUUUCCUCGUUCAUAUGCUUCUAAAUCACGUAGAAAAAUUGUAACAAUCAAAUUAUGCUACGACACAACAGACAAUGAGGAUACAGUUUUUGGAUUUGGAUUAUUUACAUCAGUCUCAGUAAGUUGGCAAAUGAUACGCCAAAAAAUUUUGAAAAGAAGUAUGGUUAGUAUUGAAAAUUUUUCUACUAAAUUAAGCAACUAUUUAUCAAAAAAAGAAUCUAUGAAAUAUUUAGAAAUUUCAUUAUUCUCUCCAUUAAUUUGUAAAAGAAUACAAACUCCAUUUCGUGGAAAAAAUUGUGAUCACCUUAAUCCAGAAGAUCUUGAUAUUUAUUUAAAAUUUAAUAUGGAUAAGGAAUUGUGGUUGUGUACAAUUUGUAAUAAACCAUGUACACCAGAUGAUAUUAUUGUUGAUGAAUUUUUUGUUAAAAUUCUUAAUAAACAUUCUAAUGUAAAGGGGAUUGUUGUUUUUGAAGGAUUAAAUUAUUGUAUUAUCAAUGAGAGUGAUAUAUUUUCUGUUAAGGAUUUAUAA